AUGCAUGGGAAAGACAAGAAAACUUUUAGCUUAAAACAAAGUAAGAAGGAGUUUGAUGAUGCCCCCACACUGAUCCAGCUAGAGCCAGAGUCACUCGAUGAUAUGUUUGCAAUAUUUUCUGAGGAAAAGAAGAAUCCAACCAUGCAAGAUACUACUUUAGAGAAAGAAGCAGAAAAUCAGAUGACUUUUUCGUCUUUUAUAACUACAGUUAAGCAAAAGUUGACUUUUGCACCCACUGUGCUAGUUGAUAUAUCAGAGCCUACAGAAGGAGAAACUUCAAAUGCAAAGACAGACCUGAUGACUGGUUGUAUGGAUGGCUUUGAUAUUGGUGGCCAAGAGAAUUCUGGUGGCUCAGUCAACACAGAGGGUUUUGCAGAUUCAGAUGAAACCCUAGAAAACAACCCAAAGAACUUUUUUGAAAGAAUGACAUCUCCUUUUAACGGGUUUUCAGAUUACAUGUACAAGCAAACCCCUCUAAGCUAUCCUGCACGCAAUAUAAACAAGAUUGAAAAGUUAUUUAGUGUAGAACAAAAAUUACUUAAUGGAGUUUUAAUAGUGGUUUUAGCCCUGCUGCUUGAGGUGUUUAUAUAUCUUGCCUUUAAAUUGCGAAAAUACGUGCUGUUUGGUCUGAUGGGUCUUAUGUUUGUUCGGUAUCUCUGGAAGAAAACCUUGAAGGAUGGUUUAAUUAUGGCCUGUAGCUCACUUAUGCUUAUUAGUGUGAUUCUUAUAGGUAUACUAGAUAUGAUUGCAUACGUUUUAACUGGAAUAUAUGUUUUUGUAGGAGUCUCUUGGGUAGAAAGAUCAAAGAGAAAGAUUUACUUCAGUGAUAUUAUAGUUCUUACACUCGUGUGGAUUUCAAGUGUUUCCUUAUUUAUGCUUGACAGGUGGGUGGAUUUAGCAGCAACUAGAAUUGAUAUUUUCACGGCCCUAUGCUUUGCACUGUGGAUAUCCAUUAUAUUCAAUGCAGGAAUCCUUCGGUCGAUAUUCUUAUGGAUAAAAGAGGCAGUUACUAAAACUUCAAAGAAUGAACAGAAGCAGGAAAAGAAGGAAAAGCAAAAACAAGAACACCAUAUAGUCACACUGCAAGAACAAGAAGAUCCUUCAGAGACUAGUGCAUCUAGUGAGCUAGUCAAUGCAUUCAUAUUCUCUAAGUUCUGGAUACUAGCAUUCUUAUGUAUAGCCAUUUCUACUGCAGGUCUAAUUGUAGGCACACACUGUCUAUCAGAAAAGACAGCUGUUCUAGCAAAGAAUGCAAUAAAAAGGAUAUUCUUUUGCAAGAAUAUAGAGGCAGUGAAUUAA